AUGCGUCUCGAACGAGCGCCUAUAUUGAUGGCGAUUCUAGGUGCUCGGGCAUUUCAAGACGCAUCUCCAUUCCUCCUAUUUUCAGCAUCUCCAUCAUACGAAAAUUUGGAAAAAUAUCCUCAGCAACAACUCCAGUCCCGUACUAAAGUCCUUGAUACAACGAAGGCUGUUCUUUCCGAUUGCUCCAGUGAUGUAUACUUUAUCUUCAGUAAAGAGUCACUUUCAGCCCAGGAUUUUUCAAAAUGGGCGCCUAGCAUAGAUCAAGCAUUUUCGAAUCCAAGAGUAAGCUCUCGACCUCUUGUGUCAGAAGCAGUUGGACUCAAAUCAAGAGAUGGAGAGGAAUUGGUGCGAUUCCUAGAAGAAAAUUGUGCUAGCACGAGGCUGGAUGAGGUUUCUCUAAGUAGUAUUGAAGAAAAGGAUAAAGCAAGGAAUCUUGUUGCUCUUAAACAACUGGACGAAGAAAUCGGUGCAAAUGAUACAUUAUUUGCCAAUCUCCUAGAAAGAAUUGCAGAUGGAAAAAAAUAUACUCUUGUCCUAAUAUCAACCCCUUCCUUCAACGACAAGCCUAAAGAUUUACAAGAAGAUUAUUUAUCAAACUUACCCCACACCGAAUUAAAGCGCCAAAUCGAAGCUCGUGCUCACAAUAUCUCUGCUAACGCUGACAUGCGCCCACUAUUUGAAAAAUAUCAAUAUCUCAGCCCAGGGCUCUUCAUAGGCAUCAUGGUUAGUAUCUUAUUACUAAUAAUUUUAGGCGUCGGAAUAAGAGCCAUAGCAAGUUUGGAAGUAUCGUACGGGGCGUUUGAGAAGGAUCUUAUACAAGUGGCAGCAAAGAAGCAGUAG